GGAAAACACCUGCGGAUAUCUCUCUCGUCAAAGUUUACACUCCGUCCGUUCUGUUCUUUUAUCUGUGGUUUUGGGUUGGUCUUUUCGGUUCUUUUUGCUCGUUGAUUCAUAAGCGGAUGACGACUAACGGGUUUUUCGCUUUUAUUUCGUUAUUUUCUCGCUUAUAAGUGCACACGAAUGCGUUUACGUUUAAAGCAUGCAGUAUUCAUAAUUACAAGUGAUACUGGACUCAAUUAAAAAGUCUUUAGGAAAAAAUGGCUGUUCUGGUCCUCUUGUUAUUUUUGGCUUUUGGAAAUAGCCAAUUUACCCAAGAUACUACAGAAUCCACUUCUAGACUUCCAUGGAAUCGUUAUGAUGAUCGGGAUCCUAAUGCAGGCUAUGGAUUUCGAAAUUCUUUAGGUCAAACUGAUAAUGUUAUAAUUAAAGAUGCCACAUACUUUAUAGUUGCAUCUCGUAUGGUUAGGCCAGGCCAGAUUUAUCAAGUUGCUGUAAACAUUCUUGACAGCCCAUUACCUAUGAUAGUGCGCUCAUCUAUUCAACGCAAUGGCGUAGAAAUUGCGGCAGCUUAUCAAGAAGUGAAAGAGGGUAUACCGGAAACUCUAAAACUGCGUAUGCCACCUACUUCUGUAAGUGGUGACUAUAAACUACGUGUAGAGGGAACAUACAAUAAUCUGAGAGGUGGCCAAGCUUUUCUGAAUGAAACCAAAUUAAUAUUUUCACAACGUUCCAUGACCAUUUUCAUACAAUUGGACAAACCUAUGUACAUGCAAGGCGAUACAGUGCGAUUUAGAACAAUUCCAAUAGACACAGGAUUGAAGACAUACAACAAUCCUGUGGAUAUAUUUAUGUUGGAUCCAUACAGAAGAAUUAUGAGAAGAUGGCUCAGUCAGCAAAGCAAUCUUGGUACAGUAUCACUAUCAUAUCAAUUGUCUGAUCAACCGAUCUUUGGAGAAUGGAUUGUGCAAGUAAUAGCACAGAAUCAAGUGGAAGAAAAAAAAUUUCUAGUAGAAGAGUAUUAUCAAACGCGUUUUGAGGUCAAUGUUACAAUGCCAGCGUUUUUCUUUGACAACGAUCCUUUUAUCUAUGGUAUUGUUCAAGCGAAUUACACUUCUGGCGCACCAGUGAAAGGCAAUUUAACCUUGAAAGCCAGUUUCAAGCCAUUAAGAAGAACACAAAAUCCAUCUGUGGAAGUUGAACCGGUUGAAAGAUAUUUUAACUUCAAUGAAUACUAUCCGUCAUGGUUUAGAGUACUUGAUUGGUACGAAGAGAAAGUACCAGUGCUUAGAUUUUUUAAUGGAACAUAUCAUUUCCAAUAUCCCAUGAACGAAUUACUGGGUUUUGUUCCGUCAGUUUCGUCCAGCGAUGGAAUAGAGAUUACUGUGAUUGCAACAGUUGGCGAAAGAUUUUUGGACGAGGUGGUUGUCGGCUAUUCUACGUCGAGAGUAUUUAAUUCUACCACGAAGAUUCAUUUUCUCGGCGGCAGUCCGCAGGUCUUCAAACCAGCGAUGCCAUUCACGCUAAAUCUGGUCGCGUCCUUCCACGACAAUUCGCCAUUACGACUUACACAACUGAGAAACUCUAUAAUGGAGAUCCGUGCGGAUAUUGAGAUGCGAAACGGACGUCGUAAUAUUGACACACAUGUUCUAAAAGCGUCACCGGAACAUGAAGAUGUGUGGUCCAUAAAAAUGGACCUGAGAAAAGAGCUCGGAUUGGAGCGCGAUGCUGAUCGCGCCAAACAGGUUCUGAACGAUAUCACUUCUAUGAGAAUCUAUGCGCAUUUCAUUGACGGCGAGGGUUCCAGGACGCAAACUGAAUUGUUGCUGCUCGCUCACGAGUCUCCGAAUAUGAGGCACAUCAAGAUAUCAACGUCCACCGAGAAGCCGAGAGUUGGCGAAUACAUGGUGUUCCAUGUGCAAACUAACUAUUACAUUGAAAUCUUUAAUUACAUUAUAAUGUCCAAAGGUACAAUACUUCUGACUGGAGAAGAGAAUAUGCAACACGAUAUAAAAACCUUUGCGAUUCCCCUAAGUCCUGAAAUGGCUCCCGUUGCAACAGUGGUGGUCUAUAAAGUUGGUCGUUACGGCGAGGUCGUGGCGGACUCGAUGACAUUCCCGGUGAACGGCAUUUCUCGUAAUAAUUUCACCGUAUUCAUCAACAACAAAAAGGCGAGAACAGGUGAGCAAGUCGAAGUGGCUAUUUACGGUGAACCCGGAGCCUACGUCGCGCUUUCAGGUAUCGAUCGUUCAUUUUAUACUAUACAAGCGGGUAACGAGCUGUCGUACGCGAAUGUAAUUGCAAAAAUGACUCACUUUGGCGAGGACACCAACGGUACUCACUUGCACACCUGGAAAUACCACUCCGGUGAUCCGGACGAAAUUGUGUACUUCCCGUCGUCCACUUUCGGCAUCGACGCCAAUCGCACGUUUGAGUAUAUCGGACUGGUCGUUUUUACGGACGUUGCGAUACACCGACGACCUGAUAUCUGCAACAUUACUCAAGGAUUCGGCGAGUGCUUAACCGGCCGUUGUUACAAACUGGAGAAAAGAUGCGACGGUGUGUUCGACUGCGAGGACGGCACGGACGAAACGCGAUGCGUCGAACAAAACGCCACCGAUUUAGCAGAAUUCCGCAAGUGGCGCUUUAACCGGAUUCAGAGGCAUUACGAGAACGUUUGGCUGUGGAAAGACAUCAAUAUCGGUCCGCAUGGACGACAGAUAUUUAAUGUGAAUGUACCGCGAAGACCGGUUCACUGGAUGAUCACUGCAUUUAGUAUAUCGCCCAGCAUCGGUUUUGGUAUGUUGCCGAAGGCGUUGGAGUAUACCGGAAUUUUGCCGUUUUAUAUAAAUGUGGAGAUGCCGACUAACAGUAAACAAGGUGAACAGAUUGGUAUUCGUGUGUCUGUUUUUAAUUAUAUGCGUUUUAACAUCGAAGCGACAGUAGUAUUGGCUGAUUCCAAAGACUAUAAGUUUGUCCAUGUUGAGGACAAAGGCAUCGUACAGUCGUAUAAGCCGCGUACAUCUUUCGGCGAGCAUCAGUUCUUUAUCUGGAUACCUGCUCAGGAUGCUAGCAUCGUUUAUCUGCCUAUUGUGCCAGUUAGACUCGGUGACAUUAAAGUUCACGUUUACGCGAUGACUUUAAUUGGCAGAGAUUCGGUGAUUCGCAAUCUGCAUGUCGAAGCCGACGGGAUUCCGCAAUAUCGGCACCAAUCUAUUCUACUGGAUCUCAGUAAUCGUGCUUAUUACUUCCAAUAUAUGCACGUAAAUAUCACAGAAACACCGAUUAUACCUUAUGACGAGAAUCGUUACUACGUGUUCGGAUCUAACAAGGCAACGAUCAGCGUGGUCGGUGACGUGAUUGGACCGAUCUUCCCGACGAUGCCGGUAAACGCGACGAGCCUCAUGAAUCUGCCAAUGGAUUGCGCUGAGCAAAAUAUGUUCAGCUUUGCCGUCAAUAUGUACACCACGUUGUUUAUGCGUCAGAUCAAUCAACGCAAUCGUACGCAAGAAAAGGAGAGCUUCUACUACAUGAAUAUUGCUUAUCAACGACAACUAUCGUUUAUGAAUAAGGACGGAUCUUUCAGUUUUUUCCGUGCUGAUUGGAACCAAUCAAUGUCGAGCGUCUGGCUGACAGCGUUUUGCGCACGGAUUCUCCGGGAGGCCAGUUUCUACGAGUGGGAAAGUUAUCUGUACAUCGAUCCUGGAGUGAUUACGCAGGCAGUUUCCUGGAUAUUGAAACACCAGACGCCAGAAGGCUCGUUCUACGAAGUGACCUGGUUACCGGAUCGGAAAAUGAACAGUUCCUUGAACUACGAAAACGACGAAAUCACUCAUCGAAACAUCACUCUUACUGCUCACGUACUCAUCACGCUGGAACGCGUAAAGGAUCUUGCUCAGGCUGGUGGCCUGGGUUCUCAAGUGGCUUUGGCCGCGCUCAACGCAGUCAGAUGGUUGGAGAGAAAUCUAAAACUGUUAGAAUUAUAUGGCAAGCCUUACGAAGUAGCGAUAGUAUCUUACGCGCUGUUGUUAGCACAAUCCUCGAGUUCCGAGCAUGCCUUCACCAUUCUGACGACACACGUGAGAAAAGAGGGCGAAUUCGCAUAUUGGGGCAGAGAGUAUGUGCCACCUCCUCCGCAAAAGUACGAGAAUCAGAGGCCUUUUUUGCUACCGCGCUUACCCUAUAAGUAUGACUCGGAAAACAUAGAGACAACCGCGUACGCGCUACUCGUGCACGUUAUCCGUCAGGAAAAAGCCGAACUCCUCGAACCGAUAGUAAAGUGGUUGAACGCGCAAAGACUAACGGACGGCGGAUGGGCCUCUACUCAGGACACCGUUUGGGCAAUGAGCGCGCUGGCAGCUUACAGCGAAAAAACAAGAUUCAGAGACGUCAGUUCACUCACGAUAACUGUAGACGCUACCGCUUUACCGGGACAGACAAAAACGUUGUUUUUAAACAGGAACAAUUGGGCGAGGCUUCAGACCAUUGAGAUACCAGAAGCAUGGGGAACCGUAAAAGUGGAUGCAAAAGGUGCGGGAUACGCCAUAUUGCAGAUGCACGUGCAAUACAAUGUAGAUAUAAAGAGAUUCCAGACGGAACCACCAGUUAAAGCCUUCGAUUUGAUCACCAGAGCAAAUUUCCAUGGAAGAAAUCAGUCUCACAUCUCGUAUCUUAGUUGUCAAAGGUGGACAAACGUCGACGAAUCCACGCGUUCUGGUAUGGCUGUGUUAGAUGUAACAAUACCGACCGGAUACAUAAUACAGCAACAGGUUCUGGACAGAUACAUUUUGUCGAAGCGAGUGAGAAAUCUCCAGAGAGCGCGUUUUCUCGAGAAGAAAGUGCUCUUCUAUUUUGAUUAUUUGGACAGCGAGGAGACAUGCGUGAAUUUCACGGUGGAACGCUGGUAUCCGGUCGCAAAUAUGUCACGAUAUCUUCCCAUUCGUGUUUACGAUUACUAUGCGCCAGAACGUUUCAACGAAACUAUAUUUGACGCACUGCCUACGUACACUCUAAACAUAUGCGAAGUUUGCGGCAGCUCACAAUGUCCCUACUGCCCUAUUUACAAUACAGCUGCGCUUUUAACCACACCGGCAGGUAUUGUGCUAAUCACGUCGCUGGUUGUCACAAUAACGAGGUAUUUCCGAACGCAGCAAAUUAGCGACGGCUAGCGAUAAUGUGAAUAGCAAACAAAUAUUCAAGUUAUUUUUCAUUUUUUUUUUUUUUUUAUUGAUACGAAUGGCGGCCUUUGCUAGUAAAGCACAAAUACGCGGACGAUAAUCAAAACGCGAUAUGUUCGUGAAUUUCGUUCUUUAAGAUCUGAGAAUUUAAUUCAAAACUUUAUAAAUAAAUAGAUAUAAUUUUAUACGUGUGUAUGAACAAACUCAUGCACAUAAAACAUAUUGCGUGGAAUAGUUUCAUUGUGAAUGAAAUAAUUUACGCUACGAGCAAUUUAUUUCCAAAGUGAGAACAAAUAUUUCUAACUAAUAAUUUCAAAUGGUUUUGUCGUAAUACUCGAGCUGACAUCUACUUUGCUUUGUACGAUUACCACAUAUAAUUCAGAGUAGAGUGUAUCUUAUAAUUAAACUUGUUUAUAACUUUUUUAAUAUAUUUUUUAAUAUAUUUUUUGUAUAAAUUUUCAUAUGUUAUCACACACAGACGAUAUUUUUGAAAAAUUAUGGCUACAUUGUGUGCGUGUAUGUGUGUAUGUGUGUGUGCAGUGAUGCGUAAGAACAGUUAAUACUUUCUUAUCUGCCCGCGAAGACUGUUGUAUAAUAGAAGAAAGACAUGUUAAUUUAGUUUGGACUGCAAAACGCACACAAAACUUACUACGAUAUAUAAGAUUGAUGAUCAAAAACAAUUAUCUUUCGUUUUUGAUAAAAUUUUUCACAUUUCUAUGAUUACGUAUAUAUAUACAUAUAUAUAUAUGUAUAUAUAUAUAAUUUAUUCUGUUUAUUUAAAUUUUAGAACACAUGCAAUUUUUUCUGUUUUUCUACACACAAUUAGAGGGCAUUUGUACUCUCGGAGACAAAGCAUCUCAAGUACAAAUCAGUGUAAUAGUAGCCGACGCGAGCUCCGUCGGCCAUACUAUUAACCAUCAUCACCAAAACAAUUACAAAAGUAACAAGUGUUCAUAAAAAUUAAACGAGUACAUGCAUAGAAUGAGUAUAUUAAGUAUUAUUUUUAUAUUUAACUACUUAUUGCUUCUUAUUUGUUUAAUCUUCUUUUUUUUUAAUGAAGAUUUUACUUAUCUUAAAUUCCGUCCCUUUUAUUCGAGUUUUUCGUAAUGAAGUUACCUGCAAAUGACACUUUAUAUUGUUUACUAUAAUAAUCGUGAUUUUAUUAGAAAACACACAAACCUUUCUGUUCUAUUGUGUUAUUUGAAUUCUUUUCAGGAGAUAUUAAAAAGAUGUUUCAAAAAGAGAUAUAUUUAAACAAAACAUAAAUGAUCAGCAAAAUUUGUAAAUAGUAGAGCAUAAGAGUAGAGAUCUGUAAAACCUGACUACCAUUUCUGUUUGUUCAGAUUCUUUGAAUUUUAAUCAAGUCCUAAUGUUUCCGCAGACAGAUGGGAGAGACAAUUAUAAUUAUAAUGUUAAUAUACAUUUAUUUAAUUUAUUUAAUUUAUAAAUUUAUAAUGUUAAUAUUA